AUGUCAUCGACCACCCCCAUCAAAGUUGCCGCAGUCCAAGCGGCUCCCGUUUCAUUCGACCUGGAUGCAAGCUUGGAGAAGCUCCAAAGAUUGACCGCGCAAGCAGCUGAGGCAGGCGCUGACAUUGUCGUCUUUCCCGAGGCCUUUCUCUCCGCAUACCCUUGGCGCUAUUCUUUCGAUGCGACCAUCGGCGCCCGUGAACCUCGAGGCCGGAAGUGGUACGCUCGAUAUGCCGCGUCCGCCGUUGCGAUUCCGUCGCCGGCUUUUGACACUCUGAAGGAGGCAGCCAAAACAAACAACGUAUUCCUCCAUGUUGGAAUCAUCGAGAAGGAUGGCGGAACUCUUUACUGCACGGCCGUAUUGUUUGACCGCAGUGGAGACCUGCUUUACAAGCAUCGGAAGCUGAUCCCAACCGCCGCCGAGCGAUUGGUUUGGGGUCGUGGUGCCGGUGAUGGCUUACAAGUGGUACAAACACAGCUCGGCAAGGUUGGAACUCUGAUAUGCUGGGAAAACUACAUGCCCGCAGCACGUAUGGCAUUAUAUCAACAAGGCAUCGAAAUAUAUAUCGCACCCAACGCUGACGACUUGCCCGAAUGGACCGCAACGAUGCAGCAUAUUGCAAAAGAAGGCCGCUGUUUUGUCAUCUCAGUCAACUCAGUCUGCAAAGUGUCAGAUUUCCCACCCGACUAUCCGCCGUUCACCCUGGAGCACAGCGACCGGAAACCCGAUGGGUCACAAUGGGAAGCUGAAGACAUAGUAAACAGAGGGGGAUCAUGCAUCGUCGGGCCGCUGGGUACCUUCUUGGCCGAACCCGUUUGGGAUAAAGAAGAUAUUAUCUACGUGAGUCUAGAUGCAUCUAAGAUUUCAGAAUCCAGGCUUGAUUUCGACCCCGUCGGAAGCUAUUCCCGACCUGAUGUUUUUACUCUGACUGUCAACACCAAGCCAGGGACGAACGUGAGGUUUGAAUAA